AACAUCUCCCCCGUCCUCCAUGCAAUAAUCGUCGUGACCAUAUCUUUCCUCCCUUCACCCGACCAUGGUGGGAAAGUUUCCACUGUGUCUUCAAUAACCAGAUCCUGUUUUCUUGAACCUGGCUUUGAGCCAUACGGUCCAUACCUCAAUGGCCAUGGAGGAUGACUUCUACGCACCCCUAUCCAAUGUCACUUCGGAAGCCCAAGACUCAGCAUUGAUUUCCAACCUGUGGAAGCUUAUCCUUUCAGAGCCUUUGAGCAUAGGUGCGACGGUGCUUCUAGCUCUACUUCUCAUCAUCUUUGCGACACGGCUCCUUAGCGAACGCCCUUCAAAGAAGUACAAUGAUCGAGAUGCAAGGACCGUGUGGAUGAUGCCAUAUUGGGUACCCAUCAUUGGACAUGCAUUCCAAUUCAUUUAUGAUCCGGUCAAAUUGAUGAGAGAGGGGAGAGAUCGAAGUGCCCAUGGAAUUUUUGCGGUGAACCUAGGCACGACUACUCAUAAUAUCGUAUCCGACCCAGCGCUGGUUAAGUCAGUCAUGCAGCAAAAGGAGUCCGCAGUCCAAUUUCAACCCAUUGCCUGGGCUACAGUACAGAGGUUCUUUGGAGUUCCAAAGCGCAGUAAAGCCAAGUACUCUCUCAUAUGGGAUGAAUUCAACUCUUCAUUAGGAUAUCUCAUGAAAGAGCCACAUCUGAGCAAUUUACUCAGAUCCACGAUACGCAAUCUUGAGGAAAACAUCCCUAAGAUGAUCUCUUUCACGGAUAGCGAUAUUGACCUGCAACCUUGGGAGCGUUGGGCAGCAGCAUCCUGGAUUUCGGAUUCAGAGACUGAAAUCAAUCUCAUGAUCUUGAUGCGAGAUAUGCUGGGCACUGCUUCUGUUCCAGCACUUUUUGGGCGGGCGUUGCUGGAUAAAUAUCCAAAUAUCUUACAUGAUAUCUAUGAUAUGGAUGCUGGCAUGAUGUAUCUUCUGAUGGGUCUCCCACCAUGGACUCCUUGGCCCCCUGUGAUCAAAGCUCAUCGAGCCAGACAGAGGGCAUGGGAGGGUCUAGAUGCUCUCCAAGUGGCUUUAGAUGCGAUGGUGGACGGCAAGUAUGUCGACCCCACGUGGGGUGACUUGGACGAUGUGAGCGAGUUCAUCAGGAAGAGACAUACACUGUACAAAGAAAAUGGUUUCGGGAUUACAGAAAGGGGGGAUAUUUCGUUACUAUGGGCUGUCGUUGUCAACGCCAACCUGGUAGUAUAUUGGCAACUUCUGCAUAUUCUUGCCAACCCUGGACUGGUGGAGCGCCUCCGCGCAGAAGUUGCUCCAUAUGCGCAAGUGUCCAAACCGGCAUCUAUCGGCAACUUUUCCGAAGCCCCUAAACUUACCAUCUCGCAUGAGGGUCUUUCUACGAAGUGCCCCUUGCUGAAAGCAACGUACUUCGAAGCCAUGAGACUAAGCUCCCAACCUUGGUCUAUUCGGCAAAUCGCCAGAGACGUUGUCAUCUCUGGGGAUAAACGCGCCACGGAUUCAGCUUCGUUCGCGCUACAUAAGGGGGAAUACAUAACAGUGCCACAUGAUCUACAUAUGAAAGAUCCAAAGUACUUCAAGGAUCCCGAAAAGUUCAUCCCGGAGCGAUUCCUCGUGGAAAAGGAAGACGGCACGGUCUCUGCUGAGAUAGGAACGGUAAGACCGUAUGGGGGAGGUCCAUCGAUGUGCAAGGGGAGGAUCUUCGCCGAGAGGGAAUGCCUAUCGCUCGUCGCUGGCAUCUUGGUGUUUUGGGACAUUGAACCAGCUAACAAGAAGGCUGGCUGGGUGAUCCCGAAGCAGAAGAAAACCAGUGCGGUUUCUCUGCCGGUGCAUGAGACGAGGGUGAGGAUCAAGCGGAGGAAGUUCGAUUGGGAAAGUUAGACAACCUGUCGAAGUGUAGAAUAUUUUGAUUUAAUGGACUAGAGCUUGUUGGGUACUGCAUUUUCCAAUCCAGUCAGUUAUUCUUGUAGGCUUACUCCUUCCUGCUUUAAUCCAAGCUUGAAGUGACAGGCAAACCUAGGAAGUAUAUCGC